AGUACUCUCUCCGUCUCCCCUUCAGAAACCGCACUGCCCAAGGAGCCGGAGAGGCGAGGCCAGCGAUGAUGCAGAGGACUUUGUUUUGCAGAGGUGCGUUCCUGGCGCAGCAGGUUGCGCUGGAGAGCGCCUUACCCACCAGGGUUUCAGCAAGCCUGGUGCCCCGGUACAGGCGCACCAUGUCGUCCCUCUCGGUACCUCCACCUGCCUGCUUGCUUCAGCCUCUCCAGGCACCCUACCGCUACAUGUUUGGGCCGGGACCCUCCAACCUUCCCCCCAGAGUCCUGGCUGCCGGAGGUAGACCUAUAAUCGGUCACAUGCACAAGGAAAUGUUCGAGAUCAUGGAUGAAAUCAAGAAAGGUAUCCAGUAUGUCUUCCAGACACAGAAUAAGCUGACCAUGGCCAUCAGCGGCUCUGGCCAUGCGGCCAUGGAAGCGGCCGUCUUCAACGUCGUGGAGCCUGGGGAGGCCGUCCUCAUCGCCAUCAAUGGCAUCUGGGGCGAGCGGGUGGCCGACAUCGCCGAGAGAAUCGGUGCAGACGUUAAGAGGAUUGUGAAACAUCCUGGGGAAUGGUUCUCUCUUCCAGAAAUUGAACAGGCCUUGACACAGUACAAGCCCGUGCUCUUCUUCAUCACUCAUGGGGAGUCUUCCUCUGGAUUGGUGCACCCCAUGGAUGGGAUUGGCGACCUGUGUCACAAGCACAACUGUUUGCUUUUAGUAGAUUCUGUGGCAUCUCUGGGUGGUGCACCACUACACAUGGACAAGCAAGGCAUUGACAUUCUCUACAGUGGUUCACAGAAGGCACUGAACUCUCCCCCUGGGACUGCACCUAUCUCCUUCAGUGAUCAGGCCAGCAAGAAGAUCUUUAGCCGAAAAACGAAGCCAGUCUCUUUUCUCCUGGACAUAAGGUGGCUUGCCAAUUACUGGGGCUGUGAUGGAAAGCCCAGAGUGUAUCAUCACACGGGCCCCGUGUCUGGAUUCUUCUCUCUCAGGGAGAGCCUGGCCAUCAUGGCCGAGCAGGGCCUGGAGAAGUCCUGGAAACAACAUCAGGAGGUGGCAGAGUACCUACACCAGGGGCUGGAGAAUCUAGGACUGAAGCUGUUUGUGAAGGAGAAGCAUCUGAGGCUCCCGACAGUGACCACCAUCACAGUGCCCCAGGGAUACGACUGGAAAGAGAUCACAGCCUACGUCAUGAAGCACCAUAGCAUGGAGAUCACCGGCGGCCUGGGGCCCUCUAUUGGCAUGGUUCUGCGAGUGGGGCUGAUGGGAUAUAACUGCAACAAGACCAACGCUGACCAUGUUCUCCAGGCGCUGGGAGAUGCGCUCAAACACUGUCACAAGAGCAAGGUGUAGGAGGGAGGUGCCAGCCCCCAGCCCCUCACGGGCCAGUUCUAAAGGAAGACGGGGUCUUUGCUGGAGGGUCUGCAUUUCUGGAGGGAACAACGCAAGAUAUGUGCAUUAUGGAUAUGCAUUUCGGAAGCAUCCCUUGAACUGCUGUCCAACAAGAGGAUUUUCAUUUCUCCCUUUUGUUUUGUAAUUACACCCCCAAUCCCCACCACCCUUGUAAAUCUGUAAAUCUGAACCUCUGUUCUGACCACGAGAGCUCAGGAAUUACGAAUGAGCCUCUCCAGGCCUCGGAUGCAGAGUCCUGCAGUUCUUGCUAAUUAAGAUCUAAAAACAACGAGUAAUUUGACUGCUUGUGCAGAUAAUUAAUUCCUUUCAGUAUUUUAGGGCCUCAAGGACAGCCUACGCAAGCUCAGUGGUGAUUGCACAGAUCCCAAAGGCAGCGAAGGUUAGAUACCCCCCUGCAGACCAUUUCUUGUGACAGUCCUUUGGAUCCGUACCUGUCGAGCUGCAACAAGCUGAUACAGCACACUGCUCCUUAAUAAUGCAACACCAUAGCUUACUGCAUGUUGCUCUGGUGCAAAAAGUAUUGUUUGAAAGCGUACACGUGAAUGUAAAGCAUUUUAAUAACCUGCAGUGCAAUGCUAAAUUGGAAUAAGAAACAUAUAAACAGGUUUACUGAUUUCAGGGAAUUGAUAUAAGCACAUAAGAAUAUGUACAAAUAAGUACAGCCAUUUGGCUCAUCCAGAGCCAAAACUGAACAGUAAAUGUACUUCUUAUACAUGUAUUGCAUUUUUUAAAUGGUAAUUUUGAAAAUAAAAAAAAUAUUUAAUUCUCUGUAAACGUGCUUGUUUCAGGCAAUAAAUGUUGUACCUCUGAACAUCUA